AUGGCCGGUGCUGCCAGGGUGAGCUACGACAAGGAGAUUCUCGAAGAGCUGGGCUGUACGGUAUACAACCCCAACACCGACAACAAGGAGCUCUACGGGGACGAGGCCGAUGACAGGUGGCUGCGCACCUUCUGCGAAAACUUAACCAGGAUCCAGCGCGAGAAGAGGGGCUUCGUGCUCCAAGUUCAGCAGGGCGUGGUCCGGGAGAAGUCCAACAUGCAGAUCGCGGAGGAGGAAAUGGGCACAAAUUGGCGAAUCCCCCGCAUGGGCAUUUAUGCUUUUCCGACCACCGGAACUCGAGGAGGCGGCACCACCGCGGAGCAAGAUCUGGCCCUAGCAGUGGAGAGGGCCCGACAGCAGUGGGAGGAGGGCAUCGAAGAGGAGGUGGAGAUGGUGUCAGAGUGGUAUGAGCCCAUCGAGGGCGACCGCGAGCUGCGCCUCAACGACAAGGGCGAGCUUCAAGGCCGAGCUCGGUGCACGUUCCCUAGCGGCCACGUCUACGAGGGCUACUUCCAGGAUGGCCGGAGGCACGGUGUGGGGACCGACAGGUAUAUGGACGGCAGUGUCUUCGUCGGGGAGUACCAGGAUGGCCAGCGGAACGGCAGGGGAACUUACACGUCUGCGAACGGCGCGGGCUUCGUUGGGGACUACCAGAAGGACAAAAAGCACGGCAAGGGAAUGUACACGUAUGAGAACGGUGACGUGGAGGUCGGCGUCUACGACCAGGGCGAGGACAAGGGCCGUGCGGUGAAGCUCAGCGCGGACCGCACGAAGGCCUGGCUCUGUAUGGAUGGCGAAGAAGAGCACGAGGUCUCCGUGGCCGAGGCUCGGAAAGUCGCGCAGGAGUGCGGGCUGCCACCCCUUCCAUGA